GGAAAUUGUAUUAAAUAUGCAGCUAGCUUAGAACUAGCUCAGCAUUCAUGGGAACAGCACAUGCAUUUGGUUGAAAGACCAGGAUACCUAUUGGACUGGAUGAACUAAGAAGAUGAAGGCAACUAUAAUCCUUUUUGUACUUUUGCCCCUUUGCAUUUCUAAACCUUUUCACCAAAGAGGCCUGUUUGACUUCAUGCUAGAGGAUGAUGCAUCUGGAGAUGGGUCAUCUCUAUGGCCAGAACCAUCCUUACCCACCGAUGGACCAACUGGACCUAUUGGUCCUAUUUGCCCAUUUCGCUGUCAGUGCCAUCUGCGAGUUGUGCAGUGUUCUGAUAUAGGUUUGGAGCAAGUACCAAAGGACAUACCCUCCGAUACCACUUUACUUGAUUUACAGAACAACAAGAUCACCGAAAUCAAGGACGGCGAUUUCAAGAAUCUAAAGAACCUUCAUGCUUUAAUUCUCGUUAAUAACAAAAUCAAGUCAAUCAGUCCUUCUGCUUUUGCUUCUCUUACAAAACUGGAAAGGCUUUACCUAUCAAAAAAUAACCUGAAAGACCUGCCAGCCAACAUGCCAAAAUCACUCCAAGAACUUCGGGUUCAUGAAAAUUCAAUCACAAAACUGAAGAAAUCUGUGUUUGAUGGAUUAAAUAACAUGAUUGUGGUUGAAUUGGGUACAAAUCCAAUAGAAAGUUCAGGAGUUGAAAAAGGAGCUUUUCAAGGAAUGAAAAAGCUGUCUUACCUCCGAAUUGCUGAUACCAAUAUGACCAAUAUACCUAAAGGUCUUCCAAGUUCAUUAACUGAGCUUCACCUUGAUGGAAACAAAAUCGCUAAAAUUGACUCUGACAGCCUAAAUGGGCUAAACAACCUUGCCAAGUUAGGUCUAAGUUAUAACAAGAUCAUUACUAUUGAAAAUGGAACGGUAUCAGGUGUGCCACAUUUAAGGGAACUUCACUUAGACCAUAAUGCCCUGACACAGGUGCCUGCUGGGCUUGGUGAACACAAGUACAUUCAGGUUGUGUACCUUCAUAACAAUAAAAUUGCUGCUGUCUCCACAAAUGAUUUCUGCCCACUUGGAUAUAACACAAAGAAGGCCUCAUACACAGGCAUCAGCCUUUUUAGCAAUCCAGUGCAAUACUGGGAAAUUCAGCCAGCAACAUUCAGAUGUGUAUAUGAACGAUCUGCUAUACAAAUUGGAAACUACAAGUAAAUCAUGAAUGUGUUACAAAUAAAGUGAUUUUUGUUUGUCUUUCCUUCUUUGUUUGUUUGUUUAAAUACAUUCUUAGUAAAUAAAAAUGUCAAAUACCGGAAAGUAUCCCAAAACAGAAUAGGCAGCUUACUAUCAUGACAGGAAUUUUCUGCAAUAUUUUGUUUUGAGUUGCAUAAUGAUGACACAUAAAGAAAUUUAGCUGUGCCGUUCUGUCCCCUUAUUAAAGCAUUGUUAAGUGUAUGAUACACUUGAGUAUUGAUACAGCUACUUAAAUCUAUGGAAAUGUUAAUUAUAAUAAUGUUUAGGUUUUCUUUAAUAAACUGUUGUAGUACUAGAUGUUCAUUAGACCCAACAAUAUUGAUCCAAAGCCCCAAAACAUGUAACAAAUCUCUUAUCCAAUUAAUUUACUGAUAGCUUAGUGUUUAUUCACGUUAUUGACACUCACUUUGAAUAUUGUAUUUUGCCAUAUCUAGAUGCUCCUGUAAAUAUCAGUUUAUCCUUUAAAAGGAACUCAACAUAAACACGCAAAGUCACAUUACACUUAUAUUGGUUAUGUACUGUAAAAGCACACAUAUAAUAUACUCAGAAUAAAAUGUAGAAUGCUGAACUGUUAUAUAAAGCAGUUAUUGCUGAGUUCUGUCUAAUUCAUGGCAAACAACAUAUUAGAAAUCCUUAAAAUAAACUGAACUAAUGAGCAAACAGUUUUAGCAAAAAAGGAUUUGCAUAAAUCUACAAUGGGAAUAAAGCUUAUUUUACAUUAUAUUUUAUAAUUUUGAGGAAAGUAGAAAGGUUUAACCAACCCAUAAACACUGCAAGUAGAGAUCCACAAAUAUUAUGUAUAAUUUUCUAGUGCAUUUUCAGGUUUUUGUAAAUUCUGUUUGUGAUUUAAGAAAAAGGCAAAUGAUUCAAGAAUGCAAGAUGCAGUUGCAUAACCUAAUUUAAAAUGUCACUAGAACGUUGCUUUGUCAUGACAAUUUCCAAUUCAAUGAAAAGAGUUAAACAAAAAUAAAGUUUUAGACUCAUGCCAGUUCUAUAUAGUGUUGUUAUGACCUUCUUGCAGGUUGUAUUAAAACAUCACAAUAGUUGGUUUUAUCACUCAUCAGCAUAACUGUUCUCAUUUAAAGAACAACAGGCCUUAUUAACUAACACUGCGAAAAUCUGUCCCUGUGCAGUAAUUUUUAGCCACCAAUCAACAAUUUCUUAAGUGAUUUUCAGACGGGGACAUGUUUUCAAGUACUUAAGUUAAAUAUGAUUUGCUAAUAAACAAGGUGAGUCACUGUGGAAAACUGAUGAAGUGUCUUGCUGUACUUUUAGAAUGAUUUGCAGAACAUUCUUUUCAUUAUGCAUUUAUUUCUAUAAUCAUUAUAAAUUAUAUUUGGGUAAGUAAGCAUCUAUCAGUUCAGAUUUAUGUGGUUACCACUUCUAAAGGCACAGAUGGUAGAACUGAUCCUUAGGAUAUUUCAAUGAUAUAUAUAUACAAUAGGAAUGUAUAUUCUUAGAAGGGCACUUGGAAAACAUUGUACUUUUAAUAGGUGUCCAAUAGAUUUUCUUUGGAAAAAAAUAUUAUUGUGUUAAAGAUGGAGUUUGUAGAUGUCAAACUGUUUAUGAAUUGUUUUAUUAAAACAGAAAGCAAUUAUUUUGUUGAUCAAAAAUAAAGCGAUUGAAUUACA